GCACAUACACAGAUCUCAGAUAUUUGAGAAAAGACUUGUCUACAUACAUUGUGCAUUAAAGGAAGUAGAUGCUUUGCAAGUAUCUUUAUGGGUGUUUUGCUGUAAAUAUUUAGAAAAGCAUUUUUAACUUUGAGUUCCUCAAUGUGACAAAGGCUUUUAAUAGCCAUCAAGACUCAAGGCAAGUAGUGACUAGAACUAGGAAGCACUGAUGCAAAGUGGUCUACAGUGGAAUAUAUCAUGGUUUACACAUUAACAAUGAAGAUCUUCUAUAAUUUGGUGAUCUGGAUUUGUCUGUCUGGAAUAGGGAUUUUGGCUACAGGUGAAACUGAGAUACAUGGACACAGUGGAGAAACUGUCACAAUCACAUGUUCCCACAGCAGGGCUUCAACUAAUAUAAAGUAUUUCUGCAGAGCUCCAUGUAAAGACAAAGAUAUUUUAGUGAAAUCUGACCAGUCACCUGCAGGAAGAUACACACUGAAGGAUUCAGGAAACACCUUCACUGUGAACAUCACUGAUCUACAGGAGUCAGACUCUGGGAUUUACUGGUGCGGAGUGGAGAGAUUUGGUUUAGACACAUAUACCAAAGUCAAACUGACAGUAUCUAAAGACUCAGACACAAACAGAACCACAACUCCUAAACCAGAAGGAAGUUCUCAAUCCUCCACAACAAGAAGUUCAUUCUCCACAUCUUCAUCAUCUGGUGACAUCACAGCCUCAUCUUCAUCAACAGGAUUUGAAGUUCCUGUUCUUUCACUCAGACCAACAUUUAAUGAGAACGGUGCACAAACUUCACUCUCCUCAGGUCCUCUGAUGUUCGCAGCGGUCGGACUGACUGUUAUCUUCAUUAUAUUUGGGGCGGUUCUCUGUAUAUGGAAUAAUCAAAAGAAAAAUUCACACAGUUCUAAGGUUGAUGCUGAAAUCCAAGGCACCACACAUACCUCUGAGACCACUGGUGAGUAUGAGGUGAUCACAGAGACCCACCAGCGGACUGAAACACACACAGCCGUCACCAUUUAUUCUACUGUCAAUAAAAGUCCAGCAGCCAAUCAGAUCCAAGAUCCUCCUCUAUACUCCACCCUCUCCAUCUGACAAGAGCUGCACCAGAUGAGCUCUUAACCCCAGUCCUGAUACAGCAGAUCUAGCAACAUAUGCAGUCAUAAUGAUAUAUGCUAACGGUUGUGGAAAUGUACUGAACAGCUACUCUUUAACUUGCUUCAAUCAAUUUUGUGGACUGUGUGUCUGGUGUAAGUAAAAGUCUUAUGUCUGAAUGUGGUUUUGUCAAUAAAAACAUUCUGGGGUGUCAGUUUGUUAAAUAUUUCAGUGUCUUAGUACACCGGUAAGGUUUUUACUUAUAAUUUACUUAUAUACAUGAGUCAGUGUGAAAUGGUUAGCAUGCACAUUAAGCGCUAAAACAAGAGGAAGUGCAUCACUAAAAAAUAUGGGUGGGAUUAGUUUGAGGCCAAUGUUGUACACGAUUAGCAACUCUUGACUUCCUUUGUUAAAACAAGGCUUGCAUUUUCAACAAACCGUAUUUGAGUGACAACGAAUGUAGAAUCAGCUGAACUUCAAAGUUCUAAAUGAACUAGAGACUUGAAAGAUUAUUAAUGAAAAUGAAGAACUUUCACGUGCUGUGGAUCUGGAUCUUUCUGUCAGGCUACCUGACCCAUACGGCCAUAUGAAUUACUUGGUGGUAUGGGGAAUUUUGUCAAGGCUUAUUUUCUAAUGUAACCUAUCGCUGGGAGAAGGGUAUUCCUGCACAACCGGAGGCUGCAGUUUCAGGACCGCAGUUCUUGGACCGCAGCUUUAGGACCCUAGUUGUUUUGUGACAGCGCCACCUACUGUACUGGAUCAACACUAAUUAAAGAUGGACGACGUGGACAGCAACCAGACGGUGAGUAUCGAUAUUUAAUUAAGUUUUAUUUUAUAACGUUUAAACGGUGCAAAGUUUACAUAGUGAAAACUGCUACCUAU